UUACUAGGGCAUUAACAUAAGUUAACUUUUUUAGCUUAAUAAAUGAAUUGAGGCUUUAUUUGUUUACUUUUCAUUGACAACCUUUUUAGGUCUGGUAUUUGCAUUGCAUGGUUUCUUUGCUACAUAAUAGAUGCAAGGCUGCAUGGCUUCCCCCAGCCAGCUGCAUGGUUGCAGGGCUUUGUGGCUGCAGACACUAACCGUAACUAAUGCUUUGACGAUUGAUGACCCUGCAAGUUUAGAUCGAGGAUAAUUUAUUACGCAUUGUGUUGGGUAAUGAAACAUAGUAAGAUUUGCUAUCAAAGAAUUUUGUAUCUCCCCUUGGCAGCAAUUCAAUAUGGGCGAGUGAAUGUUACCAUAGCCCAGUGAGAAUGUGUAGAAGUCUCCUCAUAGAAAAUAUAGCGUUUAAAUAUGUCAACAAGAAGAGCAUUACAUUUUGUUUUAAAAAUUGGUAACAGAAAAAAGAAUAUAGACUUCUUUAAGAAUAUAUUGGGCAUGAGAGUGUUGCGUCAUGAAGAAUUUGAAAAGGGAUGCGAAGCAGCGUGUAAUGGACCUUAUGAUGGCAAAUGGAGCAAAACUAUGAUAGGGUAUGGUGAUGAGAAAGAUCACUUUGUUAUCGAGUUAACUUACAAUUAUGGAAUCAAACAUUACGCAGUGGGCAAUGAUUUUUUGGGUUUAAGUAUCAAUUUGGAUGACAUCAAAUCACGAAUAUCGGAAAGUAAUUAUCCUUACGUAAAACAAGAUGAUGGAGCCAUUGAGCUGUUAUCACCUGAUGGAUACAAAUUUAGGGUGCACCCAAUCAACAGCACUGGUGACCCUGUAUCAAUGGUGUCUCUUGGAGUAUCAAAUCUUCAAACAUCGAAAGAAUACUGGAAUAAUUUACUAGGCAUGAAUUUGCUAAGCGAAUCAUCAGAUAUGAUCACAAUGGAUUAUGGGAACGAUCAGUGCAAGCUAAGACUGGUGCAAUCGAGUGAAAAAAUCGAUCACGCGGAAGCAUUUGGUCGUAUCGCUUUUGCUUGUCCUGGUAAAGAGCUAAAACCGCUCGAAAAGAAGAUGAAUGAAAACUUGAAAACAAUUCUAACACCAUACAUCAGUUUAGACACACCUGGUAAAGCCACCGUAGAAGUUGUUAUUCUCGCUGACCCAGAUGGACAUGAAAUUUGUUUUGUCGGCGAAGAAGGAUUUUCUGCACUAUCCAAAGUUGAUCCAAAGGGUGACGAUCUAUUGACAAAGGCCAUAGAAGCCGAUAGAAGUGACGAAUGGUUCGAAAAAAGAAAGCAAAGAGAGGAACGGAUGAAAUGAUUGGGAAAGAAAUACUUGAUAAUUUGUAAAUUUAAAAUUUUAUAACGAAUAUAAAAAUGAUAAUUAUAAUAAAAUGGAAAAAUAUAUUCUUGCUCAUAAAA